GGAGGCAGUGUGGAAGCAGCCGUUGAAAAGGCUAGAAGGACUCACUCCCCAGUUUCACAUGAGCUUUCUUGAUUCAAACUACUGAGAUGAAGGGAGCAAGGCUAUUUGUCCUGCUUUCCAGUAUAUGGAGUGGGGGCUUUGGGCUUAACCACACCACGCAGACUUGGACUACGCCUGAGGAUGAAAACUCCCAGAAGAAGAUGACCUCUGCUUCGGUUCCUCUAAAUAAGCUACAAAGUCACCGAAUGCUGCCAACCACUCAGAUCAUGUCAGCCGAGAUGGUCCCUGAGACAAGAACCUCAGAAGAAGGUCUCCUAAAAGCAGCCUUGCUUCCCUCGGAGACCAGUGCAGCUCCUGCGGGUGUGAGACGCCCAGCCCUCACAUCCACAGAGGAGCCGGAAGAAAGGGUGCUGAAGUUACAAACUCUGGCCCCGCUGACCAAAUCUAGCAGCAAGUUCAGUCCUGGAGCCGAGUCAGUGGUCCUUUCCAACUCCACGCUGAAAUUUCUUCAGAGCUUUGCCAGCAAGUCGAAUCAAGUGACUUCUCUCAACUCAGUUGGUGGCCUGGGAAAUCGAUCCCCACGGGAAACAUAUCUCAGCAGAGGUGACACCAGUGGAAGCCAGAAAACCAACUAUCAACAGUCAAGCUUUGAGACAACGAGAGGGAAGAAUUGGUGUGCUUAUGUGCACACCAGAUUGUCUCCCACAGUGGUACUGGACAACCAAGUCACUCACGUUCCGAGUGGGAGAAGGCCUUGUGGCUGGAACAGUGGGCUCUGUCCCCAGAGAUCUCAGAGGAUAUCAAAUCCUGUCUACAGGAUGCAACAUAAAAUUGUUACCUCAUUGGAAUGGAAAUGCUGUCCUGGAUUCAGUGGAGCAAAAUGUCAGCUAAAAGCCCAGGAACAGCAGCAGUUGAUACACAGCAACCAGGCUGAGAGUCACGCAGCUAUUGGCGGAGAAACAGCCGAGCAGCAGCGGCAACAGCAGCAGCAAGAUCCAGCAGUGACACAAAAAAUGAGUGAUCAGCUGAACCAGCAGGCAGUAAAACUGACCCUUCUGCAGAAGAGGAUUGACAACAUUUCUCUGGCUGUGACUGAUGUAAGGAGCACGUUCUCCUCCCUAGAAGAGAAAAUCAAUGAAGAUAAAGGGAGGGAAUUUCAAUCUUUUCUAAAAGGUCUAAAAUCCAAAAGCAUUAAUGAUCUGGUAAAGGAUAUAGUUAAAGAACAAUUUAAAUUUUUCCAAAAUGACAUGGAAGAGACUAUAGCACAGCUCUUCAAGACUGUAUCGAAACUCUCAAAGGACCUUGAAGACACCAAACACAUAAUUCAACAAGUUAAUGAAUCUGUGGUUUCAAUAGAAGUCCAGCAAAAGUCUGUUUUAAUGCAGGAAAAUAGACCCACUUUGACUGAUAUCCUAGAUCUGAAAAAUCACAUUGUGAAUAUGAGGCAAGAAAUGACUUUUACAUAUGAGAAGCCUAUUAAAGAACUAGAAGCAAAGCAGACUCAUUUAGAAGGUGCUCUAGAGCAGGAACACUCAAGGAACAUUCUGUAUUAUGAAUCCCUCAAUAAGACUCUUUCUAAAAUGAAGGAAGUACACGAACAUCUUCUGUCUACGGAACAAAUAUCACAUGAGAACAAUGUUCCAGCUGCAGAAUCAGUUAGCAAUAAUGUCACUGAGUACCUGUCCACUCUACAUGAGAAUAUAAAGAAACAAGGUUUGAUGAUGCUGCAAAUGUUCAAUGAUUUGCACACGCAAGACAGCAAGAUUAACAAUCUCACCAUCACUUUGGAAAUGGAGAAAGAAUUUGUCAAGGGUGAAUGGGAAGACGUGUUAUCCAAGUGCAGAAAUGAUUUUAAAUUUCAAAUUAAGGACACAGAAGAGAAUUUACAAGUUUUAAACCAAACAUUGGCUGAGGUAAUCUUUCCCAUGGACAAUAAAAUGGAUAAAAUGAGUGAACAGCUAAAUGAUUUGACUUAUGAUAUGCAGAUCCUUCAACCCUUGCUUGAGCAGGGAGCAUCACUUGGAGAGACAAUGACAUUUCAACAACCAAAAGAAGCAAAAGCUACAAGGAAGAAAGUGGAAAAUCUGAUUAGUGCUGUCAAUAGCCUAAAUAUUCUAAUCAAAGAGCUUACAAAAAGACACAACUUACUUAGAAAUGAAGUACAGAGUCGUAGUGAUACCUUAAACAGACGUAUCAAUGAACAUGCCUUAGAAAUGGAAGAUGGCCUAAAUAAGACAAUGACUAUUAUAAAUAACGCCAUUGAUUUCAUUCAAGAUAACUACAUGUUAAAAGAGACUGUGAGUGCAAUAAAGUGCAAUCCCAAGUUCCAUGAUAAAUGUAGCCAAAAUAUGGAAACUAUUUUGGCAUUCAUUCCUCAAUUCCAACGUUUGAAUGAUUCUAUUCAGAUUUUGGUCAAUGACAAUCAGAGAUAUAACGUUGUUUUGCAAGUUGCCAAGGCCCUUGCAGAUAUUCCUAAUGAUGAAAAAUUAAGUCAGUUCAACUUCCAAAAUAUUUAUCAAAUGGUCAAUGAAACCACUUCCCAACUGAUAAAAUACCAGGAAAAUAUGAAUCAUUUGGAGGAAAAAAUGCUCUCAGCCACAAAGAUUUCCAUAAAUUUUGAAACUCGGUUGCAAGACAUUGAGUCUAAAGUAACCAAGAUGCUCAUACCUUAUUAUGUUUCACUAAAAAAAGACAAUGUGGUCACAAAUGAGAGAGACCAGGCUCUUCAACUGCAGGUAUUAAAUUUAAGAUUUAAGGCACUGGAAGCAAAAUCCAUUCAUCUUUCAAUUAACUUCUCUUCACUUAACAAAACUCUCUAUGAAGCUUUAACAAUGUGUCAUAAUGCUUCUACACGUAUAUCAAAACUCAAUGCUGCCGUACCUCACUGGAUAAAUGAUUCCCUACCAGAUAUUCAACUUCUUCAGAAAGGUCUUACAGAAUUUGUAGAGUCAAUAGUAGAAAUAAAAACUCAAAUCGCUCUAUCAAAUUUAACUUGGUAUAUAAACCAAUCAUUGUCUAGCAGUCUUGCAAAUGUUUUCAAGUCUCAGAAGCAAGUAAAAUCAUUGCUGAAAAAAAACAAUGCACUUAAGAAACCAGCAGUGAAUGUUAGCACUGUCCUGAUCGGCCGAACCCAAAGAAACACAGACAACAUUCUAUCUCCUGUAACAGAAGAAGUGUGUAGUAGGUCCCCAUGCCAGAACGGGGGCACGUGUAUAAAUGGGAGGACUGGCUUCAUCUGUGCUUGCCGGCACCCUUUCACUGGCCACAACUGCACGGUCAAGCUGGUGGAAGAAAAUGCUUUAGCUCCAGAUUUUUCCAAAGGUUCUUACAGAUACGCACCAAUGGUGGCGUUUUUCGCAUCGCAUACAUAUGGAAUGACUACACCUGGUCCUAUUCUAUUUAAUAAUUUGGAUGUCAAUUAUGGAUCUUCAUAUAUUUCAAGAACUGGAAAAUUCAGAAUUCCGUAUCUUGGAGUAUAUGUUUUUAAGUAUACCAUUGAGUCAUUUAGUGCUCAUCUCUCUGGAUUUUUGGUGGUUGAUGGAAUAGAUAAGCUUACAUUUGAAUCUGAAAAUAUUAACAGUGAAAUACAUUGUGAUAGGGUUUUGACUGGGGAUGCCUUGUUGGAAUUAAAUUAUGGGCAGGAAGUGUGGCUACGACUUGUAAAAGGAACAAUUCCAGCCAAAUUUCCUCCAGCUACUACAUUUAGUGGUUACUUGUUAUACCGUACAUAAAUUAACAUGAAAGGCAGACUCUCACCCCUACUGAGAAGCAGCCAGUGUUUUUAUUUACCUUUGCAUACACAUCUGCUCUGUUUUUAGUUUUUCCAUACAACAUGAAAAUCAGCUUCUUUUUAAUCUGUAGUAAGACUGAGUUUGUUUAUUUCACAAAAUUAUUUGAAUAUUUUUAGAUAACCUGAAUAUGAAGGGGUUCUUGCUCCUAAAGAGAUUUAGUAUUACAGAAAACAAAGUGCAUGUAUUAGCAUAACUAUUUUUUUCUUAUGUGAAGUCAUUUCAAUGUAAAGUAAUAUAAGAUGGUAAUCACUCAAUAUUAUCUGUCACAGUAGUCUUUCCAAAAAAAAAAACAACAAAAAAAGCAUUAACUGUGUUAUUCUCUGCAUAUAUAUAUUCAAAUAAAGUACUCUAAGAUUGA